ACCUGAAACUAAUACAAAAUAGUAUUGAAUGUAAAGUAACUGAACAUUUUUUUCAUUUAGUUCAUUAGUCAUCUCCUGAAACAGAGGCACCUUAGACUCAUCCCUUCUAGCUUACCUAGGCUAGGGUAUGGCCUGAGACUUUGAGUUGCAAUUUCCCCAUAGUUCUGUGUUUUGGGCUCUAAUAAUGGUGUGUUUAGAGACUAGAAAACGGGUGAGAGGCAGUGCAUGGUAAUAAUGUCCCCAUCCCCUUUGUCACUUGUUCCAGCUUAGCCCCUAGACAUCAUGUCAGACAGUGAUCUGGGUGAGGAGGAAGGCCUCCUCUCCCUGGCAGGCAAGAGGAAGCGCAGAGGGAACCUGCCCAAGGAGUCGGUGAAGAUCCUCCGCGACUGGCUGUACCUGCACCGCUACAACGCCUACCCCUCUGAGCAGGAGAAGCUGAGCCUCUCUGGACAGACCAACCUGUCUGUGCUGCAGAUAUGUAACUGGUUCAUCAACGCUCGGCGGCGGCUUCUCCCAGACAUGCUUCGGAAGGAUGGCCAAGACCCCAACCAGUAUACCAUAUCCCGCCGCGGGGGCAAGGCCUCAGAUGUGGCCCUCCCCCGUGGCAGCAGCCCCUCGGUGCUGGCUGUGUCUGUACCGGCCCCCACCAAUGUGCUCUCCUUGUCUGUGUGCUCCAUGCCGCUCCACUCAGGCCAGGGGGAAAAGCCAGCAGCCCCCUUCCCACAAGGGGAGGUGGAGCCCCCCAAACCCCUGGUGACCCCUGGUAACACACUCACCCUGCUGACCAGGGCUGAAACUGGAAGCCCCACUGGUGGACUCUUCAACACACCACCACCCACUCCCCCAGAGCAGGACAAGGAGGACUUCAGCAGCUUCCAGCUGCUGGUGGAGGUGGCGCUGCAGAGGGCUGCUGAGAUGGAGCUUCAGAAGCAGCAGGACCCGUCGCUGCCAUUACUGCACACUCCCAUCCCCUUGGUCUCUGAAAACCCCAAGUAGGCAUCUGCCAACAGGGUGCUCGAACCUCGAGCCAGCUGUCCUGGGUUUCUGUUUUGGUUCCCUUUCAUACAGAGGGUUUUCUUUGGAUCACUGCCAAACAUCAGGAUCAUCUCCUCUGUCCAGGGUCUUCAGCAGGAAGACGCUAGCUGGUGUCACUGCACUGUGAUGGGGACCUCUCCUCUGCUGACUGCCGUUUCUCCAGGCCUCUUCAAGUGAUGAGACCAAGAGAGCGGAAACAGGCAUGGUGCUGCUGCUACUUCUCCAGAGAAUCUGCAGGACACCUUUGUUCCAGCCUGCUUUCCUGGGCUGGACACAGGAAACCUGCCAAGUUCAGACCUAUGCUGGGUCCUAGUUGCCCCUGAGCCAGACACUUUAUUAAGCAAAGUGUGGACAUUCCAAGUUCAUAAGUGUGAACAAAACAAAAGAGGAACCCAGUAGAUACAACAGAACCGACUCCAGUUGAAUGUUCAGGUUUUUGCUAACCUUGGUGUUCAUUUCUCCCUUUUUGCUGUGGUUUGCGUUCAUGGGGGCAGCCCAGGUGUGGGGAUCAGAGUGCAUUGCAUGAUGACCUGGGAAAGAGCCACCCGCAACAGGUGAUUAUUUUGCAAGGAAGGAGUAUUUUUGUUUGGGGGACCAGCUAAAUCUCUGCAGAAUUCCAAAUAGUUGUUUUAUUGUUGGUUUGGUUUACCAAAAAAAGGAGGAAAAAUACUUUUACAGGCUCUGGCUUUUCCGUAUCAGGCACAGGAGGCUGAUAAAGCCAAAGCCGACGAGCGGGCACAACAGGGAAUCUGACCAAACCUCCUAGGCGCGGGGCAGAGAAGGGUGAUUAAACCGGAGAGGUGUUUUUUUUCUAUUUUUGUUUUUACUGUGCUUUUGGGGGGGUGGGAGAAAUAAGCUAGACUGAAGCAGUAGGGUCUUUGUUUUUUCUCAUUAAUGUUUUCCCCUUCUUUAUCCGUGAAAGUUUUGCCCGGAGGCCUGAGUUUUGGAUUCCUUUAGGAACUUGGAUUAGUGGGGCCAGAAUGUCAAAAGCUCCAUCUACUGGCAGCUUUUCCCACUAUGGGGGCAGGAAACUAUUUCUGGAGGAAGCAGGGAAUAUAGUGCCCCCAGCUGCCUGAGGAACUGUCUUCAGAGGAGGCUGGGGCGGGAAUUAUGCAGCCUGUUCACCGGGACUGUCUUUGUGUUGCACCUUUCCUUAAAUUGGAGUUGCAGAGGCCCCUGCCCUGAACUUCACUGCGAAACAGGUCACAAUUGGUCUUGUUCUCCUCCCUCCCCAUUUUUUAUUUUGCUAUUUCAUUGCUGACAGCGUUCAACAGCAGUAUACCCCAUCUUUAUAUAUCCUAAGAAACACUAAUUCUAGGUUAUUAUUAGCCAAAAUAUUUUUGUUCUGAAUGACAUUGUUACUGGGCCAAAAGACAGGUCAGGAGCCCCAGCCUGUAGUUUCCUGAAGUUGCCAGGUCAGGCACAAGGGGGAGAGUUACUGGGUGUUGACUGACUUGGUUAGGUCUGCCCAGGAGAAAAGGCAGAAACAGGUGUUCUGUCCUUUCUGGGAUGAUCCCUGAAGACUGCAGGGAGGUACCCUCACUUCCGAGUGGCUCGGCACACCUAUUGCUGUGGGAGUGGGGAUUGGUAUUUACGAAGAAGGAGCUUUAUCUGAGUGGGCAGGUUUCCUAAAGCUCUAUCUUUUGCCUCCUCCCUCCUCCUGUGCCCUCUCCUUGCAUGCCCUGGGAGGGUGGGAAGGGGAUCAGGGAUCCUCACCCUCCUGAGGCCCAGCUAGGGAAGAAUGAACGUGAACAUGGCAGCUUCAAGAUUAGUUGAAGCUGCUGUUUGCCCGGCCUCUUCCACCCCACCCAUGUCUGUGAGCCCAGGUCUGGUGUGACUGUUGCAAGACACUUGUAGCAGGGGACUCUGGAAGUGUAUUGGGCUGGGGUGGGACUUUUCCUUCCAACAAUGCACUGAGCAAUGGAGGUGGUGAGCGGUGCGGGAGCCAUGCUGCUGAAUUCUAGUUGGCAUUCCCCCCUCCCCCUUGUGCGAGAUAGGGAGGCUGGGGGUGGGGCAGCCUCUGCUUAGUUUGGUUGUGAGGUAAACCUGGAGGAGAAGCACAAUUAUCCCAUUGAAAUAAUUGAGCAGAAAACUACUGUAAAUAAGUUUCAUUUUUGUCAAAUAAAGUUGUUUUGGGUUUU